UUAUAUAUAUAUAUACCUUGCCUUAUCGACAUUCUAUCCCAAAUUAUGCCUCAUAAUACAGCUUGUAUACACGAAGCACAAGAAGAUCAUGCUUCUUGGCUCUUCCCUCAUAUUGAUCUUGAUGGUAUUUGUACAUUUAAUGAAGCAAGGCAAGGAAUGGGCCGAAGUAUAGUGAAAUCAUGGAGCAACCGGCUUGAUACUACUAAGAUUCUUGAGAGUGAUGCAGAUGAUCAGCUAAUUCUAUAUAUUCCCUUUACAGGAAUAGUAAAGCUUAGGAGUAUUGUAUUGAGAUGUUUCCCGGAGGAAACAGCGCCCAAAAGAUGUGAAAUAUUCAUGAACCGUCAGGAUGUGGAUUUUGAUACAAUAGAAUCAUUAAAACCAGUGCAAAGUAUGGAUCUUGUUGCACCGGAAGAUGCAGGAGAAAUUAUAGAAUAUCCAGUAAAGACACAAUUUUAUCAAAGCUGUGAGAAUAUUACAUUAUUUUUUCCAGGGAAUUGGUCUAAAGAAGAGGAUCAAACACGUAUUUGUCUUUUAGGCUUUAAAGGCAUAUGGUCAGAACUCAAAAAACAACCAGUUAUUACACUUUACGAGGCAGCACCAAAUCCAAUGGAUCAUGUUCAUGAGCAAACAAUUGAUGCUGGACCUGUUAACAAUUUGUUUUUACAUUAAAAUUAACAAAAAACAACAUACAACAUAUAGAAAUAAACCGAAAU